CCGGUGCCGCACGUCGCUCGCCUACCGCCUGAGGCGCGCGCAGCCGCCCAGCUCCCGGAAGUGCGCCCGGAGCCGGCGCCGCGGGCCGAGUGUCCUGGUGAAGACCUAGUUCUUUCCGGAGACAAUUCCGCUUCAGAAGCACUUUACUUAAGAGGACUUGCCAGGCUGGACAAUGCCCGUUGACUUGGGGCAGGCCCUAGGCCUGCUGCCGUCACUGGCGAAGGCUGAGGGCUCCCAGUUCUCGGAAUCAGAUGCUGCACUUCAAGAGGAACUCUCCAGCCCGGAGACCGCGCGCCAGCUUUUCAGGCAGUUCCGUUACCAGGUGAUGUCUGGGCCUCAUGAGACCCUGAAGCAGCUUCGGAAGCUCUGUUUCCAGUGGCUGCAGCCAGAGGUUCACACCAAAGAGCAGAUCCUGGAGAUCCUCAUGUUGGAGCAGUUUCUGACCAUCCUGCCCGGGGAGAUCCAGAUGUGGGUGCGGAAACAGUGUCCAGGAAGUGGAGAAGAGGCAGUGACCCUUGUGGAGAGCUUGAAGGGGGACCCGCAGAGACUGUGGCAAUGGAUCAGUAUCCAGGUUCUGGGACAGGACAUCUUAUCAGAGAAGAUGGAAUCUCCAAGCUGCCAAGUGGGGGAAGUGGAGCCCCAUCUUGAAGUGGUGCCUCAGGAAUUGGGACUUGAGAAUUCUUCGGUAGGGCCUGGGGAGCUUCUGAGCCACAUCGUGAAAGAGGAAUCUGACACAGAAGCAGAACUAGCCCUGGCUGCCUCCCAGCCUGCCCGACCAGAGGAAAGGCUGAUCAGAGACCAGGACCUCGGAGCCUCACUGCUCCCAGCAGCACCGCAGGAACAGUGGAGACACCUGGAUUCCACUCAAAAGGAGCAAUACUGGGAUCUCAUGCUGGAGACCUAUGGGAAAAUGGUCUCAGGAGCAGGCAUUUCCCAUUCCAAACCUGACCUGACUAAUUCAAUAGAAUAUGGGGAAGAGCUGGCAGGACUGUACCUUCAUGUCAAUGAGAAGGUCCCAAGACCCACCUGCAUAGGAGACAGACAAGAGAAUGACAAGGAGAACCUAAACUUGGAGAAUCACAGGGACCAGGAGCUCCUGCAUGCUUCCUGUCAAGCCUCAGGCGAGGUUCCUUCUCAGGCUUCCUUGAGGGGCUUCUUCAGUGAGGAUGAGCCAGGAUGCUUUGGAGAAGGAGAGAAUCUCCCUGAGGCUCUGCAAAACAUUCAGGAUGAGGGAACAGGGGAACAGCUCUCUCCUCCAGAAAGGAUUUCUGAGAAACAACUAGGUCAGCAUUUGCCUAAUCCUCAUUCAGGAGAAAUGUCCACUAUGUGGCUUGAGGAGAAGAGAGAGACCUCCCAGAAGGGGCAGCCAAGGGCCCCCAUGGCCCAGAAGCUCCCCACCUGCAGGGAGUGUGGGAAGACCUUUUAUAGGAAUUCUCAGCUUGUUUUUCACCAAAGAACUCACAACGGAGAGACAUACUUUCAGUGCACCAUCUGCAAAAAAGCCUUUCUGCGGAGUUCAGACUUUGUGAAGCAUCAGAGAACUCACACAGGAGAGAAGCCCUGUAAAUGUGAUUACUGUGGGAAAGGCUUUAGUGACUUCUCAGGAUUGCGCCACCAUGAGAAAAUCCACACGGGCGAGAAACCCUAUAAAUGUCCCAUCUGUGAGAAAAGUUUCAUUCAGAGAUCAAACUUCAAUAGACAUCAGAGGGUUCACACAGGAGAGAAGCCUUAUAAAUGUUCGCACUGUGGGAAGAGUUUCAGCUGGAGGUCGAGCUUUGACAAACAUCAAAGAUCCCACUUAGGAAAGAAGCCCUUUAAGUAGCCAGUAACCAAACCCUCUUUCCCCAUUUCUGUCUCCCAGCCCAUUAAAAAUAUACUCAGCUCCAUCAAGAGGAACUGUGUCUCUGAGAGGAUACCCCCGUUCAUCUCCUCUUUUCAUGGAUUGGAGAGGCGAGAAUCUGGACAUGGCUUUGGACUUGGAGGAUAUCUUGGAUUGGAUUUCACAAUGGCUUAAAUUCUUGAUUCUGCCUCAGGAGAAAGAAUAGUCUUCAUGUUUCCACUCAUCCUUCCUUUGGACCCACUGGGGAAAAAGUCUAAACUGGAGAUCCAGUUUUAGAAGUGCUUUCUGGGAAGCAUUUAAUGGGAUUAGCUGUAGUCACUGCUUAUGGGAAGAACCUCAGAUGAGCCCCUUAAAAUGGGUUCUAGAGCAGGUCUUCUGUUCCAGAAGGGGAGAAGAGGAGAAGCAUAGAGGGCCAGUGAGCUCACGUGCGUUCUUUGUCAUCGGGGCGAAAAACUCACUUCAAGUGUCCCUUGUUUGAAAUAAACUUAGAGUCACUUUCUAUCUUA